AUGUCCGUCAGAACAACACGAAAAACGUUUGACCCCUACAUUAUUCUGAAAGCUCGUGAUAUGAUCAAACUUCUCGCUCGCGGUGUCGCAGCUGGACAAGCAGUCAAAAUUUUGGAUGACGGUGUAGCAUGCGAUAUUGUUAAAAUUGGCAAUCUUGUACGCAACAAAGAGCGGUUUGUGAAGAGGAGACAGAGGAUUAUUGGUCCGGAUGGGAGUACAUUGAAGGCCAUUGAGCUAUUGACGCAGUGCUACGUUCUCGUGCAGGGGAGUACAGUCAGUGUCAUGGGUCCGUACAAAGGUCUCAAAGAAGUACGAAGGAUCAUCUUGGACUGUAUGAAGAACAUCCAUCCAAUUUACCGGAUCAAAGAACUUAUGAUCAAACGUGAACUUGCUAAAGACCCUCAGCUUGUGAACGAGUCUUGGGAUCGCUUCCUGCCGAAGUUCCGCAGACACCAUCUGAAGACGUCGGAGAAGACGGAACGCAAGAACGACCGUUUGAAGGAUAAGAACGAGGCAAGAAAGGCUGCCGGGCUGGAGCCCAUUGGUCCAGGAAGCAAAGGGCAACAAACUAAGAAGGUUUACACGCCAUUCCCGCCACCACAGAUGCCUCGCAAGGUGGAUAUGCAACUCGAGUCUGGAGAAUACUUCCUCAACUCUAAUGAGAAGCAAGAGCGGGAGGCACGAAGGAGAAAACAGAAGCAAGACCAGGUCACAGAGGAGCGGCAGGCCAAGCGCGCAGAAGCGUUUGUUGCCCCGGUCGAAGAAGCUGCGCCAACCGUUGAGGAGAAACGGAAGCGCCGUAGGGAUAAAGAAUCGGAUAAUCCCUCUGAGGAGUCAGCUCACAAAACGAAAAGGAAAAAGAAGAGAUUUGAGGACACGAAUUAG